CAGUGGUCCUUUCGAGCAAUGCUAGACUCUGACUGCAUGGGAUAAGCCAGCCCUGCGGGGUUUGUGGGUCCCUUCUUGUUCAUGGAGCCUGUGCGUCCACCCCAAAGUCCUGCCCCCAUGGGUGUUGCUGAUUUCGGAUUCCGCACCGGAUCCCUCCCAGCCUCCCCUCCCCUCGCUUAAAACAAACCCCGUUCAUUUCUCCUGUGUCUCUCUUCCGAACAGAUGCAUAGCCUCUAGAAACGCUUGCAGCAAAAAAAAGGCUUAGGAAGAAGAAAUCUAAGCAGUCCGUGCUGCUGUGGGUCUGCAGGAGCACCCGAGCAGUCUGCAACGCUCCCCCCCCCCUGGUUCCUGGUGCGGCCAAGACCCCAGACCCUCCUCCCCUCCUCCUUGUCACCCAGAGAGGGAGGACGCAGCCCAGAGCCUCCGCUCCGCUCCCUCUCGCAGCCUCUGUCGUCACACCCAAGAGUGGGAACCUUUGCAACAGCUCGCUCUUUUCUCCCCGCUUGCAAGGAGGCAGGAAGGAGGCAGGCUCUCUGCAUCUGAACCACCGCGGGAGGAGGAGGAGGAGGAUCCCGGGGACCGCUUCGCUUUGCAGGACAGAGAAACGAGGAUGCUCUGCUUGGCAACUUAAGGGGAAAUUGGCAGCCAGGAGCAGCAGCAGCAGCAGCCACCCAGCAGUAGCGAAACGAGAGGUGUGGGUGUCAUUGUGAGCGCACGUUUUUUCCCCUCCUUCCGAGCUCACACCGCCUUGGCCCGAAGUGUUUGGCUGUGACUUUUGAGCUUAGAGCAGCAGCCGGGAAGAAGCCGGGAAGGUUGCGCUCCGAGCCUUAGAGGGUCCGGCUGGCCAGGAAGCGAGCAGGAUCUCUCCUCCCGACAGGGACCCAUUCUUCCCUGCAAAAUUCUUCCCUGUGGAGCAGCUCCACAGGGGACCCGCUUGGAGGCUUCUAUCAAGCAUCUCCCUGGCUUCCCAUCGCAUGUGCCCAAGAAGGAGGCUGUUCGGGACAUCCCAGAAGGGAUCCCGUUAGUGCAGAAACUUCAGAACCACGGACAGCUCCUCCAGAGGCAAGGCAAGGCCAGUCCAUCACUGGCCCAGGAUGGUCUCCCAAGCGAUGCUUCUUUAAUGCUCAGCCAUGUUUUCCCUGAUGAGGAAGAUGGUUGCCUGCAGGGUAAAUGGUAAACUGGGAGUUGCUUGCCACCCCCAGGUUGCCAGACUCUGCCGAUGAAAAGGGGCAUCCUGCACCUUCUGUCUGUGGGCAAAGAACUUCAGCAGGGGGAAGCAAAAAGCAGCAGAAGAUGGAUCAGCUUACGAGGGGAUUCCCAGCCACCAAGAUGCUACCCAUCGCGUGCUAUUUCCUUGUAUUCUUGGCAGCCUCAGUCCAAGGCCGAACGCAAACCCAGGCUGAGGAGAGACUCUUCAAGCACCUAUUCAAUGCAUACAACAAGUGGUCCAGGCCAGUCCCCAAUACCUCUGAUGUUGUUAUUGUCAGGUUUGGGUUGUCCAUUGCUCAGCUGAUUGACGUGGAUGAGAAGAAUCAAAUGAUGACCACAAACGUUUGGCUCAAGCAGGAAUGGAAUGACUACAAGCUCCAGUGGAACCCGGUGGAUUUUGACAAUGUCACUUCCAUCCGAGCGCCUUCCGAGAUGAUCUGGAUCCCAGACAUUGUGCUGUAUAACAAUGCCGAUGGGGAGUUUGCCGUCACACACAUGACAAAGGCGCACCUCUUCUCCAACGGCAGUGUGAAGUGGACCCCUCCGGCCAUCUACAAGAGCUCCUGUAGCAUCGACGUCACCUUCUUCCCCUUCGACCAACAGAACUGCAAGAUGAAGUUCGGCUCGUGGACGUACGACAAAGCCAAGAUUGACCUGGAGAGCAUGGAGCGGCAGGUAGACCUCAAGGACUACUGGGAGAGCGGCGAGUGGGCCAUCAUCCAUGCCGUGGGCACCUACAACACCAAGAAGUACGACUGCUGCACCGAGAUCUACCCCGACAUCACGUACAGCUUCGUCAUCCGGCGACUGCCCCUCUUCUACACCAUCAACCUCAUCAUCCCUUGCCUCCUCAUCUCUUGCUUGACCGUCCUGGUCUUCUACCUGCCCUCCGACUGCGGGGAGAAGAUCACCCUCUGCAUCUCCGUCCUCCUGUCCCUCACCGUCUUCCUCCUCCUGAUCACCGAGAUCAUCCCGUCCACCUCCCUGGUCAUCCCUCUGAUCGGAGAGUACCUCCUCUUCACCAUGAUCUUCGUGACGCUCUCCAUCGUCAUCACGGUCUUCGUCCUCAACGUCCACCACCGCUCGCCUAGCACCCACAAGAUGCCCCAGUGGGUCCGUGCCGUCUUCCUGGACUUCAUCCCCAGGUGGCUCUUCAUGAAGAGGCCCCCGGUGCUGACGGCGGGGCUCAGGGUGACCAGCGAAGAGGUAAUCGGGCAGUACGAUGCACCUCCGGCAAAUCUGAGCACGUCCCGGUGCUGGCUGGAGACGGACGUGGACGAGAAGUGGAACGAAGAAGAUGACAGCGGUGGCGGCAGCGAGGAGAGGAGGAGGGCCGGCCGCCUGCCCCUCCAGGGCACCUGCCCCCACCAUUGCCUCCAGUACCGUUACACCUGUGCCCGGCACCUGGGGAGGGGCUUCGUGGAACUGGUCCGGCGCCCGGCCACCAAAACGGAGAACCCAACAUCCUCCGAGCAGGGUCUGCAGCUGUCUCCAAGCAUCUUGAAGGCCCUGGAAGGGGUGCACUACAUCGCCAACCACUUGCGGGCUGAGGAUGCCGAUUUCUCGGUGAAGGAAGACUGGAAGUACGUUGCCAUGGUGAUUGACCGCAUGUUCCUCUGGAUGUUCGUCAUUGUCUGCUUGCUGGGGACGAUUGGCCUCUUCCUCCCACCUUUCCUGGCGGGGAUGAUCUAGUAGGGUUGGCACACCCAAAAUCCCCCCACAAACUCUCACCCACCUGCCGUGCGGCUCCAGCAAAAGCGUCGCCAUCCAAAUUCAAGACAAAUUCAACUCAGAAGCACCUGUCCACCCAGGAAUCUUACUUAGCAUUGCAUUCUUUCUUAGCUGAACCAGUUUUUACAAAUCAGUAGGGACUGGGGACUUGAACUUUCUUCCAGAUUGACCUCGCCUGCCAUUAUUAUUCAGAGAGGCCAGAGGUAACCCCGAAAAACUUCCUGUGGUGGGAACAAUGUGCAGACUGUCUUUGGCUUUGCUGAGAGCAUCCUUGGGGCUGAUGGCAGCGUUUAGUUAGCCCAAUUUAGCCAAAUGCCUGUUAUUAUGACAGUCUGCGUGUGAAACAAGGCUUUGCAAAUGGGGAGAACCCCUGGAGUGUGCAGCGUUUUGCAUGGGAAGAUAGCAAAGGCGUGAAAUCGGGGUGCUGUUAGGAUAGUGGCGAAGACCCUCUCCCCACCGCCUGGCGGCUGCAAGCAAUAAUAAUCGACUUUGCUUCUAUCAGCUUAGCCCCGCCCCCUUCAUCUGCAUAGACCUGCUCUGGGUUCUGUUCCUUGGUCACACUAGAACAGGCACCCACAAACUUCAGCCCUCCAGAUGUUUUGGACUACAAUUCCCAUCUUCCCCGACCACUGGUCCUGUUAGCUAGGGAUCAUGGGAGUUGUAGGCCAAAACAUCUGGAGGGCCGCAGUUUGGGGAUGCCUGCACUAGAGUGUGACGGAAUGUUCAGAAAUGGCAUUUAUAUAGAAAUUAAUGGCAUUAAUCCAUUGUACAGGUAAAUGUGGGUCGCUUCCAGAUAACCUAUUUAUCGAGCAUUCUGACCGAUUCGUUUGCACAGAGUUUGCAGGAAGAUUAUACAACUUUGCAUCAAGCAAUGGCCAACUCACCCGUUCCGGUGCUUUUCCACGCCACUUUCCUUACUGCAAAAAGCCUGUUCUUUUUUGGAAGCAGCUUUGCAGCACAGGAGUCCCAAAUCCCCUUUAAUUGUGCCCUCCCUGAAUUUGCUGGUUCGCAACUGACUCCCACCUGCAAACUAGUGGCAGCCUGAGAGCCCUCUUCGUAUUGACUACUGGUGCUGUGGAAAGUCCCAGACAAUUAGGUUAUGCCUACCUUGGUGCCAGUUGUUGGACUGGAGCCACAUUGGGGGGGGGGGCGUCCAUUGUGCAGCUCACAUGUCACAGUUUGAAACAAAGCACUCGACCUAUAGUUGAAGCUCAGGGGGGCAGGACAGGAAAAGUCUUAACAGGAACUCCCCCCGUCAGCUUUGCAAGGAAGGAUAAAGCUUAAAUGCUCCCCUGGACUGAAGAGCCAGAAGCCUCCCCUUGCCUUUUGUGAUUUAGCUACUUGCCGAAUUCCCGCAUUGCAGGAGGUCGGACUAGAUGACCCCUGGGAUCCCUUCCAACUCUACAAUUCCAUGGUCCUAUCUCAGGGUGCAAAGGGGGAGGGAAACCACUCUUUCUGGGAAGUGAGUAUUGCUUUUUGACUUUGCCCCCUGCCCCAUGCGGUCUUGCAGGCAGGCUCCCUUCUGCCCCAGGCCUUGACAGCUUGCCAACGAUCCCAGGACAGCCCCCUUGUCUAAGGAAUGUGGCUUUUGGUGUGACGUGUGGUGGGGAGGGUCCACAGCUGAAAUUGCUCCUGUCUGGGGUGAGUGUGAGCCAGGUUGCUGAAUGCAGAAUCAACUUGCAACCUGUUCACCGAAGCAUGGUCUGGAGACAGAAUAAAUUUUUUAAAACU